AUGAGCCAGCUCCCCGCCCCGGCGAGCCGGCUGUGGGAGGCGAGCAUCCGCAAGCUCCAGACCAUCCGCCGCGUCGGCACGGUCGUGCCCGCCCCGGGGACCGUGGACGGCGCCGACGCCGCCACGCCCUGCCUCCUCUCCCUCAGCUCCUCGGCGUCCAACACCAUCUACCAGUACCAGGAGGACGGCGAGGAGAGCGACACCAGCAACGAGGGCGGCAAUGACUCGGACGCCGGCGAGGACGACGACGCCGCGCUCGGCGAGCCCGCCCACGCCGAGCAGCUGCUGCCCAGCGGGGACUUCUACCAGGGGAGCCUGCGCGGGGACCUCCCGCACGGCGCCGGCAAGUUCCUCUGGACCGACGGCAGCAUGUACGAGGGCUCGUGGCGCCGCGGCCGCGCGUCCGGGCGCGGCAAGUUCUCGUGGACGUCCGGCGCCACCUACGAGGGCGACUUCGCCGGCGGCUACAUGCACGGCAACGGCACCUACAUCGGCGAGUUCGGGGACACCUUCGCGGGGCUCUGGGCAAGCAACCUCCGCCACGGCCGCGGCACGCAGGCGUACGCCAACGGGGACGUGUACGACGGCCACUGGCGCGACGGCCUGCAGGACGGCCACGGCCGCUACAUCUGGCGCCAGGGACACGAGUACAUCGGCACGUGGAAGGCCGGCGACAUGCACGGGUGCGGCACGGUGAUCUGGGCGGACGGCGACCGGUACGACGGCGCGUGGGAGGACGCCAAGCCCAAGGGCCAGGGCACGUUCCGGUGGGCCGACGGCGGGAUGUACAUCGGCACGUGGUGCGAGGAGUCCGGCGCGGUGCACGCCGACGGCGUCUACUACCCGCCGUCCGGCGGCCCCGCGGUGCCCGUGCCCCGUGAGCCGUGCGAGCCGAUCACGGCGCUGCUCCAGGAGCUCGAGGGGUGCGAGGGGAAGAAGGCGUCGCUGAUGCCGUUGCACAAGAUACUGACGUGGCCCGGGGUGGAGGCCGUGCAGAAGAAGCCGGUGUGGCGACCGCCCAAGGUCAGCGCGGACCACGGGAGGAUGUCGAGCGUGAGCAGGAGGAUGAGCAGCGCGUCCUUGGACAUGGACAGCCUGCAGGCCGAGGCUACUGCUGCUGAGAGCGAGGAGACGCGGACGGACAGGUCGUGCUUGCGGACGUCGUCGUGCAUGCGCACGCCGCCGAGGCCGGGGAAGAAGCAGGGGGAGACCAUAUCCAAGGGGCACAGGAACUAUGAGCUCAUGCUCAACCUGCAGCUUGGCAUUAGGCAUGCUGUUGGAAGGCAGUCAGCGCCAACUUCACUGGAUCUUAAAUCAUCAGCAUUUGAUCCGAAAGAGAAAGUGUGGACAAGAUUCCCUCCUGAAGGAUCAAAGCAUACUCCUCCUCACCAAUCAUGCGAUUUUCGGUGGAAGGACUACUGCCCCCUGGUUUUCAGGACUUUGCGCAAGCUCUUCGAUGUUGACCCUGCUGAUUACAUGAUCUCCAUUUGCGGGGAUGAGGCACUCAGGGAACUUUCAUCACCAGGGAAAAGUGGAAGUUUCUUUUACCUCACAAAUGAUGACAAGUACAUGAUCAAAACAAUGAAGAAAUCAGAAGUUAAAGUACUGCUUAGGAUGCUUCCAUCCUAUUAUAAACAUGUCCGUGCUUUUGAACAUACUCUAUUAACUAAAUUCUUUGGGCUGCACUGUGUUAAACUUACCGGAGCUAUUCAGAAAAAGGUUCGAUUUGUUAUAAUGGGGAAUCUUUUCUGCUCCAACUAUGCAAUCCAUAGGCGCUUUGAUUUGAAAGGAUCUUCACAUGGUCGCAUGACAGACAAACCCAUUGAUCAAAUUAGCGAGCAUACAACGCUGAAGGAUCUUGAUCUUAAUUUCAUUUUCCGGCUAGAAGGAUCUUGGUUUCAAGAAUUCUGCAGGCAAGUGGACAAAGAUUGUGAAUUAUUGGAGCAGGAGAGGAUCAUGGAUUACAGUCUUUUGGUUGGUAUUCACUUCAAGGACAGAUGCAAAGGUAAGCUACAUGAUGCUUGCUUUCACAUACUUGCACCUGGAAAAAUGCUGUAUGCAUAUUUGAAUUUUUUUUUUUUGAAAGACGUAGGUACAUUUGAAGUAAUAAGACUGAAAAAUCUCUUUGCUGGUUACAGACCAUCACUAAAACUAGGGAUUUGCAUGCCCUCAAGGGUUGAGAACAUCGUGAAGAAUCCCGAGAGUGAAUCUUUGCUCAUUGGUGAGCUCACAGGUGAAUUUCAGGAUGUCUUUUUGUUCUUUGGAAUCAUUGACAUCCUGCAAGACUAUGAUAUUAGUAAGAAGCUCGAGCAUGCUUAUAAAUCCAUGCAAUACGAUCCGAACUCCAUAUCGGCCGUUGACCCCAAGCAAUACUGCAAGAGAUUCAGGGACUUCAUAUUUAGGGCUUUCACAGAAGAGGUACAAUAACUAGUUAAUUGACAGAGGAGGGACAUAUCUAAUUUAAGGGGUUAACAAUUCUUUGGUGGAUGUUUUGUGUCACAAUCCAGUAAUUUUUGUAGGUAACAUCAUUGAUGCACUCUGUUGUAGAUGAAACACGUAAAUAGUGCGGCAAUUUCCUCUUCUCUUGUAGAUUUUGUACAUUUUUAAACAUUUUGUUGCAUAAUUAGAUGUAGCAUAAAUUUAAUCAUGCCAUGUAAAGGAUGUAGCUGGAUAGAUAUUAUUGUUGA